CGGUACCACAUACGUCACAUCCGGAUCAGUGGAUAUAAUUCCAGAGCGAAUGGUGUAGUGGAACGACCACACUUUGAUUUCAGACAGGCGCUUUACAAAGCGGCGGAUGGCGACGCUGCUCGAUGGUCUCAGGUAUUUCACUCCGUAAUUUGGUCCGAACGGAUCACGAUUAGGAGGCGCAUGGGCUGUUCCCCCUAUUUCGCCGUCACUGGCUCACAUCCACUUAUUCCCCUGGACAUUAUCGAGGCAACAUAUCUUCAACCUCCUCCGACGUCUAUUCUGUCCAGCGAAGACCUAAUUGUCCGCCGCGCGAUAGCCUUGCAGAAACGUGAUGCCCAAGUUGAACGACUCCAUUCUCGCGUCCUCCAGCACCGCAUCGAGGCAGCAAGGCGCUUCGAGCGUGAUCAUGCCGCAACCAUCCGUGACUUUAAUUUCAAGCGCGGCGAUUUGGUCCUGGUUCGUAAUACGAAGAUAGAAAAAUCCCUCAACCGUAAAAUGCGGCCCAGGUACCUCGGACCACUUAUUACAGUGUCCAGGAACCGUGGUGGAGCUUAUAUCCUCGCUGAAUUGGAUGGUACGCUCUUCGACCGACCCUUCGCCGCAUUCCGAGUUAUUCCCUACCUGGCACGAAAAUCUAUUACCCUCCCAGCGGACUUUACCGAUGUCGGAGAAGAACAGGUUCACAGGAUGGAAGAGCAGGACGAUCAUGGCGACGAUGAAGAUGACGAAGACUCAGGGGAUGGCGACAACUCAUAG